UAUUGAAUCCAAUAUUUCUAUGUCUUGCAAACAAUUUCAGUGAAGGAACGGAGAGAGACUGAGUUGAAUGGACAUAACUUUGUCAUAAUUUUAUAUGCGACAUUUGAAGCAGAUUCUCACUGAGAGAAUUACAGCACUAGAACGUGGAAUCUCCGGAGCUUCCAGUGCCAUGACAGCAAAUCAUGUUACGUAACAGAGGGAAACGUACACUUAAAGGUGUGAAAGAGCUGGAUGCAUUUCCCAAGAUCCCAGAGACCUAUGUUGAAACAUCACCAGUGGGUGGUAUAUUGUCCUUGCUGACUCUUGUUAUCAUAAUAAUUCUUAUAUAUGCUGAAGUGUCAUAUUUUCUGAGCAGUCGCUUUGUAUUCAAGUUUGUACCUGAUACAGAUAUAGAUGCCAAGUUGAAAAUCAACAUAGAUCUCACUGUAGCAAUGCCUUGUGGUGCCAUAGGUGCUGAUAUUCUUGACUCUACUAACCAAAAUGUACUUCAGUUUGGUUUGCUUGAACAAGAAGAAACAUGGUUUGAACUUGACCUUGAGCAGAGGAUGCAGUUUGAUAGUAUGCGACAGGUCAACUCCUACCUAAGAGAAGAAUUUCAUGCAUUACAAGAUCUGUUGUGGAGAUCAGGCCAAAACACAUUAUUUGCAGAGAUGCCUCAACGGAAUGUUCUCCCAUCAGGACCUCCAAAUGCAUGUAGAGUAUUUGGUAGCCUAGUGCUGAAUAAAGUAGCUGGCAAUUUCCAUAUUACUGCUGGCCGUUCGCUUUCCUUACCUCGUGGGCAUGUUCACAUUUCAGCUUUUGUCUCGGAUGCUGCAUACAAUUUUUCUCACCGUAUUAAUCGCUUCUCAUUUGGGGAUCCCAGUCCCGGAAUAGUUCAUCCCCUGGAAGGAGAUGAAAAGAUCACUGAGCAGAAUAUGAUGCUUUAUCAAUAUUUUGUGGAUGUUGUGCCCACUGAUGUAGACACUUUCCUCAGAAGGAUGACUACAUAUCAGUAUUCUGUUAAAGACCAUGAGAGACCAAUCAAUCACAUGAAAGGUUCUCAUGGUAUCCCAGGAAUCUUCUUCAAGUAUGAUAUGAGUGCACUUAAAGUGAAAGUUAUUCAAGAGAGAGAUACGUUUGGACAGUUCAUUGUUCGACUUUGUGCGUCUGUUGGUGGCAUUUAUACAACUUCUGGUAUCAUAAACAGUGUUGUGCAACUGCUGAUAGAAUACCUUGCAAGCAAAUUGUGGAAGAAGACAAACACGAAAAGUGAUACAUUAGAACAUAAAUUAGUGCAGGAGGAAAUAAGAACUACAACCACCUCAUCUCUUUUACUUCCGAACAGUGUGCCACACAUUCCAAGUCAGCAAGUCAUGAGUGAGGUGCCUUUGCUUGUAACAGAUAAUGGGACAAAUGCAGAACUACCAUACAGCACUUCCCAUGUAUCAUAACAGUGUGAUGCAAGCUUGUGGUGUUAAAAGCUUUGUUACGAGUGAUUCAGAGAUACUGUUUCACUGGGUGGUUCUGUGAUGUGAAGUUGCCUUACAAUUUGUAUCAGCUUGUGGCAGUUGUCAGUUUAGUUUGUUUUGUAACAACACAAUGAAGGAAACUCAGGUCAGAAAUCAGUGCCAUGACGCAAAGUAAUUAAGAUCACAUCUGCCAAUGGCAUUAGUCUGAGGUAUGCUAUUUCACAACGGCAGAUAAUUUUAAAUCCUACCUGAGGUAUCAAAUGCAUGAUUGAGAGAUAUGAUAAAACAUGAAAACUUAGUUAUCUUUUCGUCUUAACAAAAAUUACUUACUCUUUUUUUACCCCAUACACAUUAUGGUGAGCUGAUUUUGCAGUUACCUGGAAAGAAUUUACCUCAGAAUGAAUUUCCUUCGUCCUAGGAUUCUUUACUCAUUUAGUUCACCAGUGCAACUCAAUGAAAUAAAUUGUCUUUCUCCAAAUAAUUUUCACUAAUUUACAGGACUUCAUGGCUAAGAAAUGGACAAAAGACACAGUCUUACAGUAUAUUAUGUUGACAAUUUUUUUGGCGUAAUAUGGAUAUGUGUGGUAUUGAUAUUCCUUUGCAAAUGUUCUACAUUUGAUCUCCCUGUGUAAUCAAGUAAAUUAUUGCUUGCAUGGAUGUUUCAGUGUGAUGUAAGGUAUAAACAAACCUUUUGGAAUUGUACUGCAAGCUGAUGAGCCACUUUCUGUUUUGAAAUAUUUGGAUGUGCUAUUUUCAGUAUAUUCAUUUAUUUGAUGGCUUAGCCGGUUACCAGUACCUAUUUUCUGUAUAAGAAUCUUCUUUUUCUUCCAUUAGUAAGUACACAUUAUGGUACUUUGCAGCUUCAAGUAUGCACCUUGUGGAUCCAUCUCAUUGAUACAUAAAGCUUAUAUUUUGUGCAAAACAUAUAGUACUCUGAUGUUAAGCUGGGUGGAUUCUUGCAUUAUUCAUUGAAACAAUUAAAAAAAAAAAAAUUCAAACAUGGUGUGUAACUUCUCAGUGUUUGGUGUGCCUACAAUAUUUAUCAGUUAAUAUAUUGGAAAGAAAAGAGAUCUCAAAUCUGAUCUUGUUGCUGUAUGUAUCGUAUGAGUGUGCUAUGAGCAAUUUGUUUGUCAUUUUGUGAUUUUUCAAUGAAAUGUUACAUUUUGGGUUAUUUGAAUAACUGUGAAAUUUAUUUGGUUUGAUUUACAAAUGUAUCUUACAUUGUUGUGUAAUGUGCAGUUACAAAUACUGUGAAAGUAUCCUGUUAUGCUGAAUACUUGUCAGUCAGUUUUGUUACAAAAAAUGAAAAAAAAAGAGCAGUUGAGUGAUAAAUACAGUUCACCAAAGUUAAUGUGGGACAGCACAAAUAUUAUGAAUGCACACUUACAAGAAAUUUCAUGGAAAUUAUAGGAAAAAGUUUGAUUAUUAAAUUUAGGUUAAUAAUCAAACUAAUUGUUUGAGUGAGGUAGCAAAGGAAGAAAAAAAUAAAAAUAUUUUCAUGCAUGGUUUUGCAAAUUGAUGUUCAGUUACACUUCAUUUGUAUUCCUUUCCUGUUUGUGGAUAUUGUGUGUUGUGGGAAGUUGUUUUAUUUUUUGCACUUUUAUUAAUUGAAAACAGUAUUAAGAAAUAUAUUUCUUCAAACAUUUGCAGAAACUAAAUGACUGUGUUUAUAUCUUUGUAUAGAAUGUGGCCUAGUUUCAUUAGAGAAGAGAGAAUGGUGUGUCCUAAAGCCUCGGAUGCCUAGUGUAUCUCAUUUAUCACAUUAGUCUAUCCUAAGAGUUGCUUGUAGCAGAAUACUGUUCUAACUUGUGCUACUGGUUUUGUAUGGACUGUAAUCUGUCACUCUUCCCACACUCCAUGUGUGAAUGGACUGGGAAGAAGCCCUAAUAAUUCUUAGAGUGAGAAGUGUCCUCUGCCAUGCACUGUUGUUAGCAGAGUUUAUAUGUAGAUUAUACAGGCUGGCCCAUAAUUAUGUAUAUGAUGUUUCAAAGAUUGUGCUGAAGAACCCAGUAACAUAACUUGAACACAAGCAAGUUACUCUCAUACCUUUCCUCACAAGAAUUUUAAUCUCUGCUCUCCAGCGCAUGGUCCACCGACACACUGUCCAAAUAUGAUACUAUUAUUUUAUGGACUGUAUUAGUGUGCUACAAGCAAAUUUUUUGCCAUUUUGUGACUUUUCAAUGAAACAUUACAUUUUGUGUUUGAAUAAUUGUGAAAUGUAUUUGAUCUGAUUUAUUAGUGUGUCUUAUGGAGAUAAAGAGCAAUGUCACAUAGCA